CGGUCAUGACCGAGACCGGCCCGGCCCGGCCCGGCCCGGCGGGGAGAUGAGCUUCUUCGGCUUCGGGCAGAGCGUGGAGGUGGAAAUUCUGCUGAACGAUGCGGAGAGUAGGAAGCGGGCCGAGCACAAGACGGAGGACGGGAAGAAGGAGAAAUAUUUCCUCUUCUACGACGGGGAGACCGUCUCCGGGAAGGUGAGCCUUGCGCUCAAGAACCCCAAUAAGCGGCUGGAGCACCAGGGCAUCAAGAUUGAGUUCAUCGGGCAGAUCGAGCUCUACUACGACCGCGGGAACCACCAUGAGUUCGUGUCGCUGGUGAAGGACCUGGCGCGACCCGGGGAGAUCACGCAGUCGCAGGCCUUCGACUUUGAAUUCACCCACGUGGAGAAGCCCUACGAGUCCUACACGGGGCAGAACGUGAAGCUGCGCUACUUCCUGCGAGCCACCAUCAGCCGGCGCCUCAAUGACGUGGUCAAAGAGAUGGACAUCGUAGUUCACACGCUCAGCACCUACCCAGAGCUGAACUCCUCCAUCAAGAUGGAGGUUGGGAUCGAGGACUGUCUGCACAUCGAGUUUGAGUAUAAUAAAUCCAAAUACCACUUGAAAGAUGUCAUUGUAGGGAAGAUCUACUUCCUGCUGGUGAGGAUCAAAAUCAAGCACAUGGAGAUCGACAUCAUUAAGCGGGAGACGACGGGCACAGGCCCCAACGUGUACCACGAGAACGACACGAUAGCCAAGUACGAGAUCAUGGACGGGGCGCCCGUGCGAGGAGAGUCCAUCCCCAUCCGGCUGUUCUUGGCGGGGUACGAGCUCACGCCCACCAUGCGGGACAUCAACAAGAAGUUCUCUGUCCGCUAUUACCUCAACCUGGUGCUGAUAGACGAGGAGGAGCGCCGCUACUUCAAGCAGCAGGAGGUGGUGUUGUGGCGGAAGGGUGACAUCGUCCGGAAGAGCAUGUCCCACCAGGCAGCCAUCGCCUCGCAGCGCUUCGAGGGCACGACGUCCCUGGGUGAGGUGCGGACCCCCAGCCAGCUGUCUGACGGCAACAGCAGGCAGUAGGCCUCGGGGCCAAGCAGCUGCCGGCCCGCGCCCCAGCACCCCAUCUGCCACACGCCAGCGGCAGGGGGAGCGGGAGGGGCGCGAGGCUCAGCAACCCGUGACUUGCAACCUGAAAACAAAUCAUGUUUUUGACUUAAAUUCUUUUCUCUGAAGAACCUGAGUGGCUUGGGUUGGGGAGCAGUCUCCUCGGGGUUCUGCAGCUGAUGUGGGGAUAGGGAGAGGGGGGUCUCGGAGGAAGAGCCUUCAGUCAAGGCCUUCUUCCAGGGGCUGCCCCAGGUCUUCUAAGGGGAGCAAAGAGCACGCACCCUCAGCCUCUGGCUCUAAGCAUGUCACAGGGAUUCUGAGCUGCCUGUGGGGCCCUUGGUGGUCACAUUUCAUACACCACUGUCCGAGGUGAUGGCAGGAGCUGGGCCUGCCCCACCCUGAGCGGCCGGGGAAGACUCAGGGUCUCCCAGGAAGUUGCCUCGCUGGGUCUCGGAUGUGGUGCUCUGAAGUCCCCACUAACCACCUUCCUGCGGGCCUCUCUGCGGGACCCAGGCACCUCCCUUCUCCAUCCUCUGCAUUGUCAGAGACGUUCUGAACAGAAGCCUGCGGAAGGGUCUUGGGCUGAUUGUCCCCACCCCAUGUGGAAUUCCAGGCACAGAAGCCUGGGGUCAGGGUCACGCCUGGAUGGCAGCAGCGCGGAACCCAGGAGGCCGAGCCAGGCCCGCCGAGGACUGAUGUGUGGCAACUGUCAGCUGUCAUGUGGCCCCACCAGGCAACCCUAGGUCUGGGGUCCUAGGGUAUUGCUCUGUGCACCCCAGCAAGCCUGAAGCAAGAGGCCUGGCGGGGGGGCCUUGAGCCUUUAGCCUCUGAGUGGGCCCUCAUCACUCCUUGGCCUCCAUUUAGUUUCUGGGAGUUGGGGUUUGGUUGUAAACUCUCGGCAGUCCAGGUCUCGCUGCAGCCCCCUCAGCCCCUCGCCUACCCGUCACAGGGGUGGCAGGGAGGAGGGCUGAGCAGGACUGCUGCCAUGGCAGGAUACUCUGCUUGCCAGACCUCAUGGCUGUCCUCCCCAGGUGACUGGCCAGCUUCGGACCGUUGGUAUUCUUGGUUCAAAAACACACAUGACUCACGUGGACAUGGCCACGUCAAGAGGGCGGAUUUCCUGUCUGGUGGGGAAGGUAUUCACUGUCCGUUUCUGCCUCAUCUGGAAAGGGCUUCCCUUCUCUUUAUAGAAAGACCAAGCAGAUCCCACUGGAGGUCUGGGUUCUCGGGACUUUGGAAAGCAGUGGUCAGUCCCUGUUAUCUUCCAGUUCAUGUGGAAAACAGGGACUUCUGUGAGCCCUGGGCCUUCAGGCAGGGCUCCUGAGCCCGCGCUGAAACAGGCAGGAACGGCAUUUGGAGAGACACGUGAGGUUGACUGGGGGCAGCGGAGCCAAGGAAGGUCAGGUGUCUGUCCUGUCUCCUCCACCCAGCCCCCAUUGCCCAGAGCCCAAGUUCAGGUGCACAGACAAUCCCCAUGGGAACAGGGUCACCCAUGCAGCUGCCCUUGGGUCAUCAAGGUGGGCUCAGUGUAGAAGGGGGGCAGGGCCUGUGUCCCUUGCCUUUUCCAGAGCACAGGGUCAGGCUCUGGGUGCUGCCACAGACGGCUUGGGUUCUGACUUGGUAGAGACCGCUCGUUGCCUCUGCCUCCCAACGGACUCCACUUCCAGCUUUCCUAACAUCUUAAACCUUUCCGGGAGAACUAGGAGGUAGGAUGUGCUUUCUGUUCCCUCCCUCUCCCGUUCUCCACGUCUCUGUCCAACCGUGGAAGUGGGGAGGCUCCUGUCGCCCGCAGGCCGCCUGCCCGGGAGUGCACAGGUCCGGAGCCGAGCAGUGCGACCUGCACUCCAGCAGCUGCCGUGUUCUCAUGUCUCCAACGUGCUGUCUUCUCAGUGGCUGUAUUUUAAAAGAACACUUGUUUUCAUGGUCUCUCUGAUUAAAGGAAGCCCCGUGGCUUGGAGGCAUUGUGCCCAUG